AUGUGCAUCUUUGCCUAUGGGCCGACAGGAGCUGGCAAGUCCUAUACCAUGAUGGGGCGGCAGGAGCCAGGGCAACAAGGCAUUGUGCCUCAGCUCUGCGAGGACCUCUUAUCUCGUGUUAAUGAGAACCAGAACACUGAGCUUUCCUAUUCUGUGGAGGGUGACCUGCUAAUUCUCAGCUGUUAUACUGUGGCAGUAACACCUGCUUCCUGUUUUCCAGAUAAUGAUGGAGAUUUUUUUUUUCAAUUUGAAUUAGUAGCAGAGAGACGGUGGCUCGGUUGGGACAGUCGCCAGGGAUGGCGGAGCGUGAGGUUGGAGCGGGUGCCCGGGCUCCUCUCCUGGGCGCUGAGCAGGGUCCUGUGGUUCUCAAGCCUCUCUGAGCAGGGAGCUGCUCGGCAGCCCCGGAUCAUGGAAGAGAAAGCGCUAGAGGUUUAUGAUUUGAUCCGAACUAUCCGGGACCCAGAAAAGCCAAAUACGUUAGAAGAACUAGAAGUGGUAAGGGAGAGUUGUGUGGAGGUUCAGGAGAUAAAUGAAGACAACUAUUUGGUCAUCAUCAGGUUCACACCAACAGUACCUCAUUGCUCUUUGGCAACUCUUAUUGGGCUAUGCUUAAGAGUGAAACUUCAACGAUGUUUGCCAUUUAAACACAAGUUGGAAAUUUACAUUUCUGAAGGAACCCACUCAACAGAAGAUGACAUCAACAAGCAGAUCAAUGACAAGGAGCGAGUGGCGGCCGCCUUGGAGAACCCCAUCCUGCGCGAGGUCGUGGAGCAGUGUGUUCUUGAGCCUGACUGA